GCGCGCAGCGCUGGCCGCAUUUAAAAAGUUUGAGCGUUUCGCGCCAAAACGAAUUUGAAAAUCGAACGUGUUUUUUUUUAUAGUGAUGUGCGUGUUUGGGAAGUGCAUUUGAGUUUUUAUUGUGUUUUUGUGGACGCUGUGACCGAUAAGGAAGGUCACCACUAAAAGAAAACAGUGAAACUAAACAGUCUACGUCUUAAAUUAAACUUGAAAUAACAGCGAAAACUCAGCGUAACAGUGAAAAAACAACAGUGAAGUGAUAUCACAAGUGAACCCCAAAGAAAAACCCGUGCAGUGAGUGAUACAUAGGGAGUCUCGCGAGUGACAUAAGUGAUAGCGUGUCUCGUGAGUGAAAGUAAGUGAGAUAUAGCGAGGCCGAACCGCGAGUCCUGCUAUAGUGAGUGAAAAAAAGCGAGUGAACUUGGCCGAACCGCGAGUCCUGCUAUAGUGAGUGAAUAAUAGCGAGUAACCUUGGCCGAACCGUGAGUCCUGCUAUAGCAGGGAGUGUGUACCGUGUGAGUGUAUGAUGAGUGGCGAGUAUGGGUGACCUGACCAAUCUGACCAUGCAUAGGACGUGCGUGAGGGUCAGCUCUGCUGAUGACGAGUCAAGGGAUGAGGUGGAUCAUGAUCUGCCAAAGAAGAACCCUUUUAUUCGGGGCUCGGACCCUCGCGUAGCGACGUGCCGCGGACGCCUGCAGACGCGACGCUGCCAGCUCAACCAGGAGAUUAACAAGGAGCUGAGGUUGCGAGCUGGUGCCGAAAACUUGUUCAAGGCUACAACAAACCGGAAACUACGCGAAACGGUGGCCCUGGAGCUGAGCUUCGUGAACUCCAACCUGCAGCUGCUGAAGGAACAGCUGGCCGAGCUGAACUCUUCAGUAGAACUCUACCAGAACGACAGCAAAGAAUGCGUGAUGCCCAUGAUCCCGCUAGGGCUGAAGGAGACUAAGGAGGUUGACUUCAGGGAGCCCUUCAAGGACUUCAUCCUUGAACACUACAGCGAAGACGCCUCAGCUCACGAAGAAGCCAUUUCUGACUUCAUGGAUAUGAGACAGGCGAUCCGAACUCCAGUCCGCUCAACGGCCGGCGUAGCACUCCUCUUCAAGUACUACAAUCAGUUGUACUUCAUAGAACGUCGCUUUUUCCCGCCCGAUCGCUCGCUAGGAGUGUACUUCGAAUGGUUCGACUCUUUGACAGGAGUGCCAUCAUGUCAGCGGACGGUGGCGUUCGAAAAGGCUUGCGUUUUGUUCAACAUAGCGGGGAUCUACACACAGAUUGGCGCUAAACAGGAGCGGCACACAUCUCUAGGCCUUGAUGGCGCGGUAGACGCUUUACUAAGAGCGGCGGGGACCCUCCGCUAUAUCCAUGAAAACUUCACCAACGCGCCAUCUGUCGACUUGGCGGCUGAUACUCUGCUAGUCCUUGCCGCUACUAUGACGGCACAAGCCCGCGAAUGUUUGUUCGAGAAGCUGCAGCUGCAGGCGCGUGAGUGCGGACGCGGCGAGUUGCGCGAUGACCUCGACAUGUGCCUCGAUUUCGCGCAGGAGGCCGCGCAGUGCGCGCACACCUACACGCAGCUAUAUCAAAAGAUGCAGACUGAAGGCGUCUUCAACUACGUGCCAUACUCGUGGGUCUCGCUGGUCCAUGUGAAGACUGAAUUUUAUAAAGCGCUGGCGCACCAAUAUGCGGCUUUAGGGCUACUCCACGCCGACAGCACGCCGCGCGCGCGGCAGCGAGUCGCCGCGCUGUAUACUAGCAGCGAUCGGAGCGUUGACAACGGUUCAGUUUCCAACGCCAAGAUGGACGACGAUCUCGACUUCAUGGUAGUGGGACGAGCGCAUCUUGUAGAAGCACAAGCGUUGUACGAAGAAGCGCAGAGGUUACAGAGGAUGUGUCGUGAGCUGCGAGGCAAGGAACCAUUAGCACGAGUAAUCCGAGCUCAUGCAGAAAGGGCGGCUCGGGAACGAGCAACUCUACGAGACUCACCAGACCUCAGCGAAAUGGAGCUGCUAGACGCACCCACUAUUUUACCUUCAUCAAAAUUCCAACUGUCCCUAACGCCCCCGGACUUCGCGCAGCACCGCGUCGACGACCUCUUCAAGUCCCUCGGCCCCAUCGCCGUGUUCUCCGCCAAGCGCCACUGGAGCGCCCCGCGCCUCAUCACCCUCCAGAAACACAGCAACAGAGACAGCUGCCGCCGCAUCAACACCAGGAACUACGACCUUGACAAGAGAUCAGAAAAAAGAGACCGCUCCGAAGAUAACAGCGCUUAUUACAACUCCGUAAUCCGAGACGAAAAUUACGAAGACUACGAGAAGCAACUCCAAAGAGUCAUGAAGCAGAACGGGGUUUAUAUCAACAGUUACAACAACAUGGAGUACCAUCCUAAAGUUUUAGACUACGACAAAUACGAUUAUAGGAGUAAUGAGAGUUUUAUAAAGACUACUACGGAGAGCGUGAACGGGAAGUUGAAAAAUGGAAUGGAGAGGAGAAAGGAACCCCUGAGGAGGGUGGCGAGUGAAUAUAACGUGUCCAAUUCGAAGGAUGAUGAUGGAUUCGGGUUCUCGGUGAGGGGAGACGCGCCGGUCAUGAUUGCGGCGGUUGAACCUAAUUCGCUGGCUGAUAUCGGUGGCAUGCGAGAAGGUGACUUCAUCAUCUCAGUCGGCGACAAGGACGUGAAGUGGAGCUCUCACGAGGAGGUGGUUCGGCUCAUUCAGCAAGCUGGUGACUUGCUCGCACUCCGGCUUGCCACGCCCAUGGAUAAGAGCUUGAUGAAGUCAUCCCCGGACAUCCCCCGACAGUCCAACUCGAACCAGGGCUCCGUGUCGGCCGCGUCAACAGCCUCGUCCGGCUCCACCGCCGCCACCGCGCGCUCCUCCGCGCGUCGCGCGCCCUCCUGGAAUCCGUUCCGCCGCCACACUACCAGAGACAACAGCUCGCAUCGAGGCUCGCACACCAGCAACGUCAUCUUCCGAUAGAUGGCGCCUGGCGUCCACCAGCCUCGUCCGGCUACACCGCCGCCACCACGCGGCCUAUUGGAAUCCCUUCCGCCGCCGCACCGCCAGGGACAACAGCUCACACACGAGCAACGUCGUCGUCCAAUAGAUGGCCUUAGUGCAGCCCUAAGGUGGAAUUCGGUACUGAUUAUGAGGAUGUUGGUGUCUUGAAUAUACUACCAGCGCCAUCUACGAGAAGUUUGACUUCACAAAGCUUCACGUAGCACGCAGCACUUACUAAUAAAGUUUUUUAAAUGUGUGAGCUCUGCAGGGCUAGGACAAAAUUUUCGUGAAAUGAUCUGUUAUAAAAGAAUACAUAUUUAGAAAAAGAUUGUGAUUUAUGAUGAGCGGCGAGAUACUAUCGCUCCAAUCAUGCUAGCCCUGCUGCAUGUAGGACUCUUCAUGUUAUUUAGGAGAGGGUGAAUGGAGGUUAUUAUUGAGAGGUUUUAGAAAAAUGGGACUUCAUCCACUCGUUUACGAGAUACUGCAUGAAGUUCGUUUUUCUAAAAGCGACAAUUAUGUAUUUAAAAAUUAAAUCAGGGUUAUAAUAU